AUGGAGUUUCCAGUGGUUCCAUGUGAUAUAAGGAGUUUAUAUAUGAGUACAAAUGCAAUAGAGCAAGUGCCCUCUUCAAUUGGGGGUCUCUCUCAUCUUUUUUUGUUGGAUUUGGGUUGGUCGACGGGGCUUGAAAGUCUUCCAGACAGCAUUUGCAAUCUCAAAUCUCUCAGAGAAUUUCGUAUCGGUUGCUGUGAGAACCUAAAGGAACUUCCGGAGAACUUGGGGAAUUUAGAAUCUCUAGAGAAGAUUUCAGCAGAUGGCUCUGCUAUAAAAGAAUUACCAGACAGCAUUUGCAAUCUGAAAAAACUUGCGACAUUAUCAGUUGAGAACUGCGUGAAUCUCCUUGGUCUGCCAGCAAACCUGGGGAAUUUAAAGUCUCUAGAGAAUCUUUGUGCCAGUGGUACUGGUAUAAAAGAAUUACCAGAAAGCAUUUGCAGUCUGCAAAAUCUUGCAGCCUUAUUUCUUGGCAAUUGUGUAAAUCUGCAGGGUCUGCCAGAAAACAUUGGUAAUUUAGAAUCUCUAAAGGUGCUUCAGGCAUAUGGUACUGGUAUAAAAAAAUUACCGGACAGCUUUGGCAAUCUGAAACAACUUAUAGUGGUUGACAUUUCUGACUGCGUAGUUCUGCAUGGACUGCCAGAGAGCUUUGGGAAUUUAGAAUCUUUGCGGCGUAUUACGGCAUCUGGCUCUGGUAUAAAAACACUACCAUCUUUGACAGGGUUUCCUCUUCUAGUGGUGGCUAAUCUAGAUUUUUGUGGCCUGCUAGAAUUUCCUAGCACUCUUUGCCAUAUAGUGUCAUUGAAAGAAUUGUACAUUGGUGGAAAUAAUUUCGAGACAAUACCAGAUACCAUCAAAAAACUUUCAAGACUAGUUCAACUUGAAUUAAGUGAUUGCAUGAGACUAAAAUAUUUGCCAGAGCUUCCAUCUCUCAGCAUAUUAUCUGCAAAUAAUUGCACUUGUCUUGAAUCAGCAUCCUGUUUAUUCCAACUCCAGAGUAUUAAAGCUUUACAAUUUGGCAACUGCAUCAAUUUGGAUGGGGAUGAAUGCAGUAAAAUUGUGGACCAUUUAUUGGCAACUUCUUGGCAGAGGGAAGUGAGUUUAUCAUAA